AUGGUCUUGGGCAUGGACUCGUGGUUCGUCUUGAAGUGUCGCAACAUCCACAAGCGCUUCGACCUGUGCCACAACACUCAGGUGAUGCUGCAAGCUCUGGAAGACACCAAAACAGGGACCAUUGACAUGGCUGAGCUCGGCCGGAUGCUUCGUCUGAGCUCCAAGAGACGUCAGGCCAUGAUCGACACUAUCCGAAAGUGUACCGAGAGAAUGACAAAGCAGAAAAAGAACAAGCAAGACGAGACAAGAGAAUGCGCCCUGCUCAUUCAUAUGUGCACCGAAGUCUUGGAGAUUGCCAACCGCCCCUCUCCUACCGUCUUCCCGUUCAUGAAGUUGCCCCGUGAGAUUCGAGCACGUGUGCUUCACAUGGUAGUUGAGACCAGCUCCAAGGCCUGCAGAAUGCCUGCCCUCAAGCGCAUCCAAGACAAGUACCGCUGCAACUGUGCCAACCCUGAGGCAAAGUUGUGGGGACACAUGGCGAAGCAACAGUUUAAAAUGUACAAGACUUUGGGAGCAGCCCUGAGAGAUGAGUUCUAUCAGAUUUAUUACGGCGAACAGACUCAGUACUUUGCCUGCUGCUGCGAGCUUCUUGGCCACCUGAACACCAACAGCAACCUGUUCGACCACCUGCGCAAGGUUGAGAUUCACUGGUGCGGUCCUCAAUCUGACUCGGCGUUCCUCAAGCUGGCCAAGUGCCCCAACCUCAAGGAGGUGACAAUCAAAAUUUCCAAGGCCACGACUGCCAUCUUCAACAAGCGUGAGGAGAUGAUGAGCAACCACUUCCUCUUGAACUACAAGACCAAGCGUAUCACGGACAGCCUGGGCGCUGACGAGCUUCUUGCCAUCCGAGACAUCUUGAAAGUUGACGUUCAGCAUAUUCAGACUGCGCAGAAGCUUCAGCUGACCGAGUUCGACCGUCAGGGUCUGUUAUCGGCUCUGGAGGCAAAUGUCAAGCAGACGAAGCAGCCCACUCCCCGCCCUCUUGGCACUUGGGCAACGUACAUUCAGUGA